AUUUAAAGAAAAAUAUAUAUACUAACAUGCAUUCUACUAAUCCAGCCCUAAAAGGAAAAAGUUUAUUCUAUCUUUUGAAAACUGCUGCUAUAUACAGAGCAUGCCAGUCAGAAUUUUUCCUGCGUCAUGGAGAAUCCAUGACGAACAAAUCUUACAAGAUUCUUGGCAAAACAAUCACAAAUGCAUUUGUUGAACGCACUGGAGGGUUGAUUUUCACUUCUGGGCCAACUAUCGAAACUCUUAUGAAGGAUAUGGACCGACUCUAUAAAGAAGAUGGUAUUGGUUCAGUAGCUAACUUUGUAAUGGAAGGAAUCGAGGACGAUGACAUUGCCAAAUUUGAUGGAGCCAGAGACUAUCUUAUUGAAACAAUGAGAGUCUCAAAGAAUGAUGAUCCAUCUGUGAGAAAAUACUUCCAAAUGGCUAUUAAACUAACAGGCUUGGGACACAUGGACAUGUUCGAACAUUUCAAUAAAAGUCAAACUUUGUUGCUAGAUGGCUUGUUUAAGAAAUACUCGAUUACUGAGCAUCAAGAUGUACAGGAACUCCUCUUUGAUGCUGAAAACCCUUCUCCACGUCCAAUUCUUACCAGGAAUGGCAUAAAAUCAUUCCUAGCGGAGCAUAACAUUGACUACACCGAGCAAGAGCUAGAUGAAUUCAUUGAAUUAGCUAAAUUCGAAGAUAGCGAAUUCGGAAAGGAUGAAAUUGGCGAAAUCGAGUUUUACCAUAACAUCCAUUCUCAUUAUGUAUUCUCAGAAGACCACAACACUUCACUUCUAAGAAAAAUCUGCAACUCUGCUUAUGGCGGCUCAGAAGAUAAAGAGAAAAGAGAGGCUAUAAAGAGAUGCGUCGACCGGACAGUCAAAAUACUCGAAGUUGCUGACAGGCUUAAUGUCAUUGUGAAUGUUGACGCUGAGCAGACGUACAUACAGAAGACUCUAGAUUCACUAACGAGACAAAUGCAAACCAAAUUCCAUCGUGAUAGGGAAGCUUUCAUCAUGAAUGGAUACCAGUCAUAUCUCAAAGCCACACCUGAACACAUUAAGCUCGAGAUUGAAAGAUGUAGGAGAGCCGAUAUUGCAUUUGGAUUGAAAAUUGUUAGAGGUGCCUAUAUGAAUGAAGAAAGAAGACUUGCUAGUAAAAGAAAUUACGAGAGUCCUAUAUGGGAAACAAUUGAGGACACUCAUGAAUCAUAUAACCUAAACAUCAAGAAUUGCAUGAACAACCUUGAUCCAAUAAAAGACAAAAUCCUAGUGGCUAGUCACAAUGUAGACUCUUGCAACAUUGCCAAGGCUCUAAUGAAGCAGAACAAUCUAGAUUCCAGCUCCGUUUGUUUUGGACAAUUGAAAGGCUUUAGCGAUUCGUUAACUUACUCCCUCAAAGACCAAGGAUACAAUGUAAUCAAGUAUCUCCCCUAUGGUCCCACUAAUUAUCUAAUCCCUUAUCUUUUGAGAAGAGGACAUGAGAGUAAGGAAGUUAUGAGAGAGCAUCUCUUCUUGGAUGAUAUCUCUGAUGAAAUCAGAGCCCGUCUCCAUCUACGAAAGAAACCAAGGCCAGCAUAAUAGGAAAACCCCAUCAAUAAUAUCAAUUCUA